GAACAAUGUUGUUACAAAUCUCCUUAUUUGUCACCAUUGCAUAGGGAGGUUGCAGAAGCUUUGAAUUCCAAAAGAACGGGAAAAAAUUGUUCUCUUCAUAAAGACAAAUGAGCACAUGACUUUGCAAGAAUUACACGCAUUUCCCUAGCUGCAGGAUAGUAGGCAUUCCAGUCAACCCUGAGAUAUCAUAGCCACAUUUCACUGGUAAGUAAGGAAUUUCACUUCCUCAACGUCCAGCUGCUGUAAAACCAUACACAGUGUUUCUUGGAGGCAGUCAUAAUGGCUACAUUCUGCUUAGUUUGCUAUAUUUCCAGUAUUUGAGCCACAAUGACAAAUCUCAGUAACUUAUAAGUGACAAGGUCUGGAAUAGAAUAGACUCCCUAUAGUAUGGAAAUAAGCUAUUCAGCACACCAAGUCUGCACUGACCCUCCAAACAGCAUCCCACAUCCCGACCCAACUCCAUCCUAACCCCAUAAUCCUGCAAUUCCCAUGGCUAACCCAUAUAGCUUGCACAUCCCUGGAUACUGUAGACAAUUGAGCAUAGCCAAACCACCUAACAUGCACAGAUUUGGACCAUGGGAGGAAGCUGGAAUACCUGGAGGAAAUCCACACAGAAAUUGGAAAAAUGUUUGUGUGGAGUUUGCACAGUUGCCUGAGAGUAGAAUUGAAUGUGGGCCCCUGGCAUAAUGAAGCAGCAUUGCUAACCACUGAGCCACCGUGUCGCCUGAUACACUGAUCAAAUGGCUCGUGACUCAGAUGUACAAGCUGUUACAAAGUUGAAUGAGUAUAUGUUCACUUUAAAAAGGGAGCGUUUUCUGAAUUUGAAGUGCAGGCUCAGCUGCCUGAAUGGAAAGGCUGGGAGAUGGGCUGUUCCAAAAUAGAUACAUGUAACAGUUGGCUGUUAAAUAAAUACCUGAGUUUUGGUUGCUGUUUUGACAACCACUCAAAUUUAACCAAUUACUUUAAUCAUGCCCAGGAUACUGAAACCCAAAUGAGUUUGAAUUCAUUGUUUGACAAUAUCAGACCAAUGAGAAGGAAUAAUGCUGGGGGUUUAAAUACAUGAGCAUUUUGAAAAUUGGUCAAAACAACUGCCACCAAUCAGCAGAGGAACUGCUGAAGAGCCGGAGAGCUAACUGCCCCUCUAACAUCUUGCUCUCCGAGAAAUUCAAAGACACUAUCAAAAAGUUAUCUUUUCCUGUAAAAACAUACUCACAGUAAAAAGAAAGCCGCGACCCAGGGAGAUCAGCAGACAGAAGAUUGAAGACAUUGGAGAGGAGAGAAACUUUGUGGACUUGAGAUCAUCAAAAAUGACAUAUUUUUGGUUGCCAGCUGGAGAAAUUAGCUGAACUGGUUGAGACUAUUGCAAAUGAUUUGCAACAGGACAGUGGAGUACAGAAAAGGUUCUAUUUUCAUGAUUUGCAGAAACCUGGGGCAAAGAGCGAUUGCACAAAACUAAGUGAGCCUGAAACUGAUUUCCACAAUGAAAAGUGGUAUUUUCAUCAUGUAGAACUAGGAAGAAAAUCAUUUGAACAGGUUCUAAGUGCCAAAGGUGUUGAACACAUGAAACAUCAGAAAGAAGAAACAGAAGUCAAUUUACAUCAGCACAACUGGGCCAAACUGAAUUGUUCAGAAAUCGGGCAUUCUAUGGACUGCGAUGGCCACUGUCAUCCCUGGUGAUCUUUUAGAAAUAAAGGAUACUCAGAAGGUUCUAGUGGGGAAGCGUAAACAAAGUGACACCAAAGCAAGAAAAUCCUUUCCUUGUCAGUUGUGCGGAAAGAUCUUCACUAGUGUUGAGAAACUGAAAGUACAUUCCUAUUCACACACUGGUGAAAGACCCUACAAGUGUUCACACGAAGCCUGUACCAAGGCAUUUGUGUCUAAGUAUAAGCUACUGAGGCAUAUGGCCACCCAUUCACCUCAGAAGACCCACAAGUGUACUUAUUGUGAGAAAAUGUUCCAUCGUAAAGAUCACCUAAAAAACCACCUACAGACUCAUGAUCCAAACAAGGAAGCCUUCAAGUGUGAGGAAUGUGGGAAAAACUACAAUACAAAGCUUGGUUAUAAACGUCAUCUGGCUCUACAUGCUGCAACUAGUGGUGACCUUACCUGUAAAGUUUGCUUACAAACAUUUGAAAGCACAGGAGUGUUACUGGAGCACCUGAGGACACAUGCUGGCAAGUCAAGUGGCACAAAGGAAAAAAAACACCGGUGUGACCACUGUGACCGUUGUUUCUAUACACGGAAAGAUGUUCGGAGACACAUGGUAGUACACACUGGAAGGAAAGACUUCCUUUGUCAGUACUGUGCCCAGAGAUUUGGUCGGAAGGACCACUUGACACGCCACAUGAAAAAAAGUCAUUCUCAAGAGCUGCUGAAGGUGAAAACUGAACCACCAGAUUUUGUGGAUCUAUUUAGCUCUAAUCCAUCAUUGUCCUUAAAAGAUGAGCUAACACCAGUGAUGUCUGUGGUUUCCAGUGAACUGACAACUAGGCCAUUUACAAAUGCUUUACAAAUGAAUAUUUACAGUGCCCAUAUUCAGACAAUGCAAACGCUAGGGUCAACAAACCAAAUGGUCUCUACACCAUUACCUUUAGGAAUGAGUUGCCCAUUAGAAAUUGAAUCUUCAAUUCGGCCUCCUCAAGAACUCUCCUCAAAAUAUUUCCUUGGCUCUACCUCAUAUGCCAUUGCAAUGCCUGAAAAAGGACAACCAUUAAAGAAUGAAAUAGAUAGUUACUUAAUGGAUAUACAAAGUGAUUUGCUUUCCUCCUCCCAUGACACUCAAUCAUCCUCAUCAAAACUGGGCUUGGAAUUGCAGGCAGGGUCUCUGGGUGAUGGAUAUGGGGAUAUUUUACUUUCAAAAAGUCCAACGGUCCUCUCUGAACCUCUGAAUACAUCAUCUUUAGACUUUUCUCAGUUGUUAAGUUUCUUGCCACUUAAUAGUCCUGCAUACAAUCAGCCAGUUUCUUUUGGCAAUCCUGGAGUGUGUUAUACACAGGACGAACCUCACACAUCCCUCCUUCCUCUUGCAUCACAGAACCAGGAUUCACAUGAAACUGGCAACAGUAUUGGUCUCCAUGCUCUACAUCCUUUAUCUACAGUCUUCACGACUAGCUUAAGCACAACAACACUACCACGUUUUCACCAGGCUUUCCAAUAGCCAAUGCAACUUUCUGAUCCACUUCCUUUUACAUAGAUUCUUCUCUGUGGUGUCAGUUUCCAGAUGGAAUAUUAAGGAAUUGGCCUGUAGACUCUUAAUGGCUUCUAAUAUCUUGCUACUUUGUGAAUAGUCACAGGAGACGAGCAAAAAUGGGUAGCACAAAACUGUGUACUUUUGUUCAUGAUGGGAACAUCCUGUGUAGCAGCUGAUGUAUAAUAAAUAUGCAUUGCAGGUUAGUAAGGAGAUUUGAAUCUAAUCUACCAUUAAUAAAGUCAAAUUGACUAGUCUGGAGUUUUAUAGAAAGAAUACAUACUCCAUAGCACCUCAUCCGACACAAAGAGUGAUGGUUCUUAUAGGUGUAACUUUGAGGCAUUAAAAAAGAAUUUUCAGGUUUAGUUAGAGUGACUGCAACAUUCACAGUGCAUUUUCCUUUUUUAAAAAAAAACACAAACUAUUCAAUUUUAAACUAAGGUCCAUGUUACUUUGUGAAAUGAUUUUACGAAGUUGGUUUUUAGAUCUUUUGGUGGUUCUUAAUUGUGAUUUUAAGUUUCAACAUCAAGUACCUUUUAAACUGGGGGCAUAUCUGUGCACCUGGAACCUAGCAAUUUUUUUUAAUUCAAAUGCUCCAAAGAAGUUAUGGGGAAUAGAUUAAUUUAAAUUAUAUGCAAACUGAAACACUUUGAAAAUCUGUAAAGCUUAUAAAUGCCAUCAAAUUCAAUACAGUGCAUUUUAAAAACUCUGGCUAUGACUUUAUUGAAAUU